ACAGUCCCAUAUGCACGAGAAUGCCGCUGACUUCAAUAAUGAGGCCAGCUUUCCGCGGUUUGCCGAGCCCAUCCCGAACAUCACGGUAACGAUAGGCCGGGACGCGCUGUUGGCCUGCGUCGUGGAUAAUCUGAAGGGUUACAAGGUGGCGUGGGUGCGGGUCGACACGCAGACCAUACUCUCUAUUCAUCACAACGUGAUAACGCAGAACCCACGUAUUAGCCUCACCUACAACGACCACCGGUCCUGGUAUCUGCACAUCCGGGAGGUGGAGGAGAACGACCGGGGCUGGUACAUGUGUCAGGUCAACACGGAUCCGAUGCGAUCGCGCAAAGGAUAUCUGCAGGUCGUGGUACCACCGGCGAUCGUGGAAUCGUUGACAAGCAACGACAUGGUGGUGCGCGAGGGCACGAACGUGACGCUCAACUGCAAGGCGAAAGGCUUCCCGGAACCGUACGUCAUGUGGCGCCGGGAGGACGGUGACGAGAUGGCGAUCGGUGGCGAGAGUGUGAACGUCGUCGAUGGUGAGACGCUACACAUCACGAAGGUCAGCAGACUUCACAUGGCGGCGUAUCUGUGUGUUGCUUCGAACGGAGUGCCACCGUCCAUCAGCAAAAGAGUGCAGCUAAGGGUACAGUUUCCACCGAUGCUCUCGAUACCGAACCAGCUCGAGGGUGCCUAUGUUGGGCAGGAUGUGGUGCUCGAGUGUCACACCGAGGCGUACCCGGCAUCAAUCAAUUACUGGACAACGGAGCGUGGUGACAUGAUCAUCUCCGAUACCUCCCGGACCGGCGAUAAGUUCGAAACGAUGUCUCGCAACACGGGCUACACGAAGUAUAUGAGUCUGAAGAUCCGAAGCGUUGGACCGACGGAUUUCGGAUCCUAUCGAUGCGUGGCCAAAAACUCAUUAGGCGAAACCGAUGGACUUAUCAAAUUGGACGAAAUACCAGCCCCGACGACAAUAUUGACAACCGAAUCACUUUAUAACAAUCGAUCAAAAGGACGGAAAGCGAACAAAAAGCACGAUCCAAUGAUGGUGGGCGACUACGGUGUUGAGGAAUGGAAGGAAAAUGGUCCAGCGAUACGACAUCCUCCCGGGGCAUUCCACAAUGGAGCAUCGAGCGCGACCAGUUUACCGUCCGAGUCGGUCGUCCGGAUGGUAUCGAGCCUCUGCUACUUCCUGUUGCUGCUGCUAGCGUCCCACCUCACGACGCUGCUACACACCGAACGAUGAAAGUGAAAGCGACCGGCGGACGGUGAGGGUGAUGUGUAUCCGGAUCCGAAGGUGGCCACCUGAAGGGCUCUGGCCACCGUGACAUGUUAUCGAUUAGUAAGUUUUGCUGUGAACGCAUCACCGUCGGUGGUGACGGCUGGCUGGUGGAGUAGGCAGUAGAGUAUUUAUGGAGGAUUAAGUAAGACAAGGAGGGGGACAAAGUCCUCCUCCGCAGGCUCACCAGCUCCCUCGAAAGUGUGUAGUAGUGAAUGCAUUAUUUUAGGAAACAAAAAGGCUAACAAGUAAGAUUAAUGUUUUAUGCGGAAUCGUUAUGCGGAGCGAUUCAAUGAGUCGUUCAGCGAUGAGAUGAAGGAUGAAUAGGUGUUGAUUCGCAAGACGCUGAAAUUGUUUCAUUUCAUCGUAGCGACGGCGAACCUUCAAACAUAGCUUGGAGCAGAGUAAUCGAUGCAGUCACCAAUGCAACUCAUUUGCUACCAAAAAAAAAACCAAAAAACAUUAAAACCCAACCCAAAACUCAACAUAACAGAAUCACGAUCACAUAUUGUAAAUAUCAACGCCAUUCGCCCGGCAGCGGCAACCG